AUGGCAGUGAACAAUGGAAGUGUGAUGACAUUCAUCAUAACUGGAUUUCCAGGCUUGCAAAAUUAUCAGGGUGCACUCUUUAGUGUGUUCCUCUGCAUUUACAUGACAACUCUGCUGGGAAACAUCAGUAUUAUACUUGUAAUUAAACUGGAGAACAAGCUUCAGUAUCCUAUGUACUUUUUUAUAACAAACUUAUCUGUGUUAGACAUCUUGUAUACCAAUACUACAAUUCCAAAAAUGUUAGGAAAGUUUCUAAUGGAUGACAGUUCUAUAUCAUUUCAUGCAUGUUUUCUGCAAAUGUUCACUUUCUUAAGCUUGUCUUGUACAGAGGCAUUUCUACUUUCUGUGAUGGCUUAUGAUCGUUAUCUUGCAAUAUGCAAUCCACUGCGCUAUGCAGCUAUUAUUACCUACAAUAUAAGGAUGAGUUUAGCAGCAGUGGCAUGGAUUUUACCAGUAGCUCCAGUAAGUUUAGUUGUUUUCCUUGCAGCACGGUUACCAUUCUGUGGACCGAAUAUUGUCCAACAUUGCUUUUGUGAUCAUUCAUCAGUGGCAAGGCUUGCUUGUACAGAUAUAACACUGAAUAGCUAUUUAGGUUUAUCGAUUGCGCUUGCUGUAAUAAUAAUUCCAUUUAUUGCUGUAGUUUUGUCUUAUGCUAAAAUCCUUCUAACUGUAUUCAAUAUUACCUCCAAGGGAGGCCGUUAUAGGGCAUUUUCUACAUGUUCUUCUCAUUUAAUAGUUGUUACUGUCUUUUUUGCUUCAAAUUCUAUUGUAUAUAUAUCAUAUAGAAUAGGGAAUGUGUCAGUUGAUUUCCGUAUUAUGUCAGCAAUGAUGUAUGCUGUAUUAACACCUAUGCUAAAUCCCAUAAUUUAUUCAUUGAGGAACAAAGACAUAAACCAGGCAUGGAAUAGGCUACUAGCAAAAUAUUCUGAAAGAGAAGUCAUGGAAGUGUUGGCUGCAAACGAUAAUUCAGAUGAAGAUGGAAAGUGA